GUUGAUAAUAACAUAGGUGGGCUCGAGGGGGCGGUGGUGUACUUGUCAGCGAUUGUUUAGGAAUAUGUAGUCACGCAUUAAUGAAUUUAAGUAAUGAUUCAUCACUCAGGUUCAAACGUUAAAUUGUGCGUUAGAAAAAUAGCAUCAGCGUAAGAGAACCGGAGCUCGACAGGUGACCUUUGGUUGUCGUCACCGUGUCGGUGUGUAAGAGAGCCGGGGAGGAGCAGCGAGUGAGACGUUAGCUAGUUCAGCCAUCAGGAAGAAGUGUCAACGCCUGCACCAAGGGACGAGGAGAAGCCCGUUUGUGGUCAUGGCUGCCCUCGGUAACUCCGGGGCCGCUUCCAGUCCGAUGGUGGUCCUGGCUCCGAAGACUAAAACGAAAAAGAAACAUUUCGUGCAGCAGAAGGUGAAGGUGUUUCGAGCCAGCGACCCCGUCAUGAGCGUCUUCAUGUGGGGCGUCAAUCACUCGAUCAAUGAUCUCAACCAGGUACCGGUUCCGGUCAUGCUGCUGCCGGAUGACUUUAAAGCCAACACUAAAAUCAAAGUCAACAACCACCUCUUCAACAAAGAAAAUCUUCCGGGACAUUUUAAGUUCAAAGAGUACUGUCCUCAGGUCUUCCGAAAUCUAAGGGAACGGUUUGGUAUUGAGGAUCUGGACUAUCAGGUUUCAUUGACUCGCAGCCCCCCGAUGAGGAGCGUAAACGACCAGGGGGAGGGUCUGCUCCUCAACUCCUAUGACCGAACGCUGGUCAUCAAGCAAAUCUCCAGCGAGGAUGUUGCAGACAUGCACAGCAUCCUGUCGGAGUAUCACCAGCACAUAGUGAAGUGUCACGGCAGCACCCUGCUGCCCCAGUUCCUGGGGAUGUACCGGGUGAGCGUGGACAGCGAGGAGACCUACCUGAUCGUCAUGAGGAACAUGUUCAGCCACAGACUGAUUGUACACAGGAAGUACGACCUGAAGGGCUCUCUGGUGGCUCGUGAAGCAAGUGACAAAGAAAGGGGAAAAGAGCUCCCCACCUACAAGGACAUGGACUUCAGGAACAACCUGCAGAAGGUGUAUGUGACGGAUGAGCAGAAGGAGAAGUUCAUGGAGAAACUCAACAGAGACGUGGAGUUUCUGGUGAGACUGAAGAUCAUGGACUACAGUUUGCUGCUCGGUAUACACGACGUGGGUCGAGCUGAGCGGGAUGAGGAGGAGGGAGAAGAGGUUUCCAACGAGGAAGAUGCCGACGCGGAGAACGGCCUGGCACCGGGCGCCAUGGUGGGCUCCUACGGCACCUCUCCAGAGGGAAUCGCCGGUUACAUGUCCUGCUGCAAACCUCUGGGGCCCGGCGAAUUCGACCCCUAUGUGGACGUGUACGCAGUCAGGAGCUGCCCAGGAGCCCCUCAGAAGGAAGUCUAUUUCAUGGGCCUGAUUGACGUACUCACUCAGUACGACACCAAGAAGAAAGCGGCUCACGCAGCAAAAACUGUCAAACACGGGGCUGGUGCUGAAAUCUCCACGGUCCACCCCGAGCAGUACGCCAAACGAUUUCGCGACUUCAUCUCCAACAUCUUUGCGUAACGCUCGGCUGUGACCACCGCCACAAGUCGAUCCAACUGAGAGCUAAACUUGUCUUUUUAUCAUUGACCAAAAACUAGUAUGCACACACAGAUCAUGAUUUUAAACGUGGUGAUCUGGGGCGAGACUACUUAACGUUUGUAGCAACAUAAUGUACUACUUCUGAUGCAUAUAUUUAUUUUUAAGAUUUACGAUGCAUUUCUUAUACAGUAGACAUGAAGCACUCUUUAACAGAAUAACUCUGGAGCGUCAGGGUACAUUGAAACAAACUGCUGUUGAUCAGUGUUAGACCACAUCCGUGCGAGAUCAAAUAUUGUGUUUUUUUUUUUUUUUUUUUUUUUUUUUUGUCACUUGGCUCUGGUUCCCCCAGGCAUGAACUAUUCCUUAAAGGAAGAGUUUGACAUUUUGGGGAAGUGCGCUUAUUUGCCUAAUGACAAUAGUUAGAUGAGAAGAUUGAUACCACUCUCAUGUGUCCGUUAAAGGUUCCCUGUGGAGUUUUUGACCUCUAUUCUUUUCUUUAUGAAUGGGUCAAUGUUAUGUUUGCCGUGCGCGCGCCAUGCUCGGUCCUGCCAACGGUGUCCCACUACGCCGCUGAUCUGCAGGUGGCGGCAACACGCCAAAACAUGUGCAGCAAAGUGCCAGCAGUGAAGAAGAAGAAAGCUAGCAAGUGAACAUGGUUGUAAACAAUGCUGGACUAAAAAGACUUAAAAACUCCGGUUUGCAAAUGUUUUAUGAGAAAGGAAAUGUAACACCUUUUGUUAGACCUCAAGGAUACACCCAAUGUGUUUUUCAUUGAAUGUAAACAUAACUUAUUGUAUUUUUUUAAGAAACCCCAGGCACCUUUUUUAAUGUGACACUAUAGGAGGACCAGGCGACCCUUAGCUUAGCAUAAAGACUGGAAACUGGGGGGAAACGGCUAGCCUGGUUCUGUUCAAAAGUAGAACAUAUCCUCCUGCCAGCGCCUCUAAAGACGACAAUUUUGUUACAAUAGUUUUAUGAGAGGUUAUGUGCACAACUUGUCGUUUUUACAUCUCUGUUUUUGUACGGACACGCCAAUUCGCAUGCCAUUAUUGGCGUGUUAUCAAGCCGCUUUUUAGCGUGUUUAUGGACGCCGUUUGGCCUCCAUUGACUUACAUUACCUUGCGACUGUGUGUGAAUUUACGCCGUAGCGAGUAAUACGAAAGGGCGAAAAUGUGCGUAGGGAGGUUGGUCGUGCAGGUGGAUGGGUGCGUGUCACGUUUCCUAAAGUCAUCCGUUGCUUUCUUCUUUUA